UGGCAACAUAACAUUGUUCUUCAAUGAUGGGUGACGCUCUUCUGUUGGAACGUAAUAAAUCGGUGUCUCCAAGGAAAUAUUAUUGAUAUUUCGAUAUAUACUCUAAAUUUAAAGUGAUGAAAAUUAUUUGGUACUUUGCCUGGACACCGAGUUAUAACGGCAAACUUUCAAGCUAAUGGGAAAAAUGAUGACAAUAAGUGGAGAUAGUUGUGAAUUUAGCUGCGGCCAUGGAUGUUAAAGACUUACAAACCGAGGCCACUCUUGGUGAACGGAACAACGAUGGCAGUAAGUACGCGACAAGUGGUGUUACACUCCCAUACAACAGAAAUAAGUCUUACCAAGAUGUCAACUCGGUUUCAUUGGGUAAAGAGGACGCGCCAACUGCACGACCUUGCGCCGUCAUAGGCCCCGAUCGUGUACUGCCGCAGCCAGUUUCCAAUGACACGUUAAAAAAAAGUGCCUUUGAAACAUGGUAUGCGGACAAUGUGUACCGACACCCUCCUGAGUAUCCCCACAAAAUGCCCAACUAUCACACACCAAUAAGAAAUAUAUCACCCAGACAAACAUUCCAGGAAAACAUGCAGCGUAUAAUGGUGCCUCCUUCAUACAACUCAUUAAAAGGAAUUGAUGAAUACAAUUCCUCUAUGGAUAAAAAUAUUACUUUAUCUAAAAAUACCAAACCAAACAUUCCUAUUGAGACCAAAUAUUGUGAAGUGCCUUAUUCGGGAAAUCCUACAACUAAUGAACAAAAAAGUGUAAGAAAUUCUGAACUUAGUGCAUCAAAUGUGAAUCCAGUGCUUACUCAUAGUGCUCCUCAAGGAUGGCCAUCUCACGGUAGGUCAUCAAGACCCUAUGGCGGUCCUGAACAUUACCAAUAUCCUGAUUUCACUAACUGUGCUGGUCCUAGACCAAUGCCAAUGAUGAGACCCCACAGAUCUACACAUGAAGAUUUAAGUCAUGGAUAUCCUGAUCCAUAUUGCCAUGAUGUUCGCUUCAAACCAUACACUGUAAAGGAUAGAUAUCCACAAACAAGGUAUGAGUUUAUUGGUAACUAUCCAAAUCCAUUUCAUCCAUCUUCAUCAUUCACACCACAUAAAUAUGACAUACAGAAACCUUUACACCAACCUUAUGCAUAUCAGCAAGUUCCACUUAAAUACUUGGAUAGUAGAAUUCCUGAUCAUGUAAUUGAUGGAUACCACAGACCUACACAACAAACUAAUCAUCACUUAUCAUUUCAUAAUCAAAUGGUACAUCCUGCAUAUGGAUCUGUUGUUGGAAAUAGUAUUCAAAAUAAAUUUCCCUGUCCGCCUGAAGGCUCUGUUCAACUCAACAAAUCGGUAACUCCAAACAAACCACCUUAUGAUACCAACAAAAUGUAUUCAGACUACGAAAAUGCAAGAUCUAAAGCUUUUCCUGUUCCUGAAAAUUACUAUUUCAAUGAAAUGCAAAGACCACCACACCAUGUUAAAAAUCAAGUAAUGCCUAACUAUACAAUGAAUAUGCAUAGGUUUCCUCCUCAUCCCUAUUACACAAAAGAGAAUUCAACAUUAAAAAAUUAUGAGUACUUGCACCAUUUUAGACAUAUGGAUCCACCUAUGUUACCACACUCUAGGAUCUCCUCUCAAUUUUCGCCAAAUGGACUGACAAUGUCUCCCUCAGACACAAAUCUAAGUUUGGACAAUACACAAAUUCAGGGAAACUCUCAAGAAGAUUAUGGAUAUGUAAGCCAAUCCCCUACUGCCAGUAUAAGAAGUAUGGAAUACCCUGUUAACAGCAGAACUGCAAAUGAAUUUUACAGGAGAUAUGACCCUAGAUUUGUGCCUCCUGUAAGACCAGCACAAAUAAUGGUGAAGCAUAAUCAGACUUGUAAUGAAAAUUCCAAAGAAAAGAAAGAUAUAGAUGUAAGACAGUUUUUACAAAUGUGGAAUGAAGUUGAUGAUGAAAAUUCCGAAAAUUUAAACAAAGAAGUUGUAAAUCAUUUUCCAAAUGAUGGUAAUAAAUCUUCACAUCAGUAUGAAACUAUUAAAAAUCAAGAUCAGCUCUAUGUUCUUGGUUUAGUGAAUGUACCAAGUGAAGAACUUGGUAAAUAUGAACACAUACAGAAGGUGUCUAAAUUGCCAGAAAAUAUAAAGGGCUACAAUAGCAUUGAAUUGCUUAACCAGUUUGAAGAGGUGAUUGAAUCAUCAAGAACUAACAAUUUUAAGAGCAAACAAUGUACUAAAGAGAGUUCAACUUAUCAGAUGUCAAUGAAAAACUCAGGAUCGCAUCAUUCAUUAGAAAUGCUACCUCGCCCUAUAUCACCAUUAGAUGUUGAAGCUAAGAUAAGUCAAUCUGUUAUUCAUAAAGAGGUGGGAUGUAAUUUUGAAAUAAAACCCUGCAGCCCUAAGAUGAUGAAUGUCGAAGCUGCUACACCAAUCCAAAAUGUUUUAGGUGAAAGAGUCAUAGAAAAAGUUUCGAAUCCACUUAUUAUCACUAAACCUUUAAUGCAUGGAGAUGAAAAAUUAAACUAUGAUGUGCUGAAAGAUCAAGACCAAAAUAAGUCUCCAAAUGAAAAUUCUAAUAAUAGGAGCUGCAAAAUGAUUAAUACUCAAUUUAAUAGCGAUGAGACAAUGAGAUCCAAUUACAGUCUUCAAGAUUUAGAAAGUAAUUCUGGUGUCUGCUUGGCUUCAUUGCCACGACUAGAUAAUGAUAUUGAAUUAAAUUUCCCAGAAGUUAAUCAACAAUUUAUUAAUGCAAAUAAAGGAGAAUCUGUUAUAACAACUAUAAAAGAAUUGCCAUCAUUAAGUCUGGAAAAUAUUGCUAAUGUAAAUUUAACAGACAAUAAUAGUAAAGUUUGCCAGAAAUCAAAUCUUGAACUACCAUCAGUGAUAGAUUCUGAAAGAGAAUUUCCAAAAUUAAGUAAAUAUAGAAAAAUUAAGAAAGGCGGGUCUGAAUCAUUGGAUAAAGAAACAAUAUCAUUUUCUUCUGCAACUCAAAAUAUAAGAACUGAUAGUGUGAUCAUAAAAAAUCCUGAUAAUCCUAAAAUAUAUGAAAAUAAAGAAAUACUAAAUAUGGAGACCUCAUAUUUAUGUGACAACAAAGACGCGAUAAAAGAAAGUAUUGAUAAAACGGAUUCCAAAGAUAAACUUUUAAACAAAGUAAAUAAUGAUAAAGUUUGUUCUCAAGUAGAUAUUGCCAUAGAUUUCAGUUUAAACAAAAGUUACAAUGAUGAAAUUGUAUCAAAUCCAAUAAAUAACUAUAUUGAAGAACAGAGAUUGGAAGAUAUUUCAAAAAAAUCUGAUCCUACAAAACAAUCUCAAAUUUCACAAAGUAUUUCAGUACAUACUGAACAAGAUGAAGAUAAAAAACAUGAAUUAAGCACGAAAUCAUUACAAACAAUCGUAUCUAAUGAAACAGACACAAUGAUAACGGACAAAAACGAAGUUCGGCUCGACAAUAGUAAUUCAGACCUUAGAAUUAGCAUUACAUCCAAAACUGAAGGUAGCCCACAGUUUAGUAAAUCAAAAAUAGAAAGUUCUCUCGAUAAGGGGUAUGAAUUUGACAGAAACGUAAACCAUGAAUUACAAUCGAAUCAAGAAUUAAAAUAUUCUUUAAUAAAAGACAAAGGAAUUGGCAUUGAAAUAGAAACACCGAAUUUAUCUUCGAUUGCCUUGUUUACUGAUAAAACUCUGAAUGUUCAUGAAAUACAAGAGAAUGAUUCCUUGAUAGAACCCCAGGAAAAAGAUAAUAUGAAUUUACCUUAUUUAACGUUGGAAAAUGAUAUGCCAUCAACUUCUGCUGUAAAACUAAAUCAACAGGUUGAAAAAACUGAAGAUGAAUUAUUCUCUGAAGGAAAUAUUAUGGAUAAUAUAGACACAGCUCUUAAAUCAAAAAUAAAUACUGCAAAAGAAUUAUGUGUGACCACGAAAACAAAUGAAGUGUUAGAAUCAGAAAAUAAAAUUUGUGAAAAAAUUUCGAACAAAUGUUCCGAGAUUUUAAAUGGUCCAGGAGAAAAUGGAAAAGCAUUGAAUGAUUUUCAGAAUUAUUCUGAAAACAGUUAUGAUGUAACAUCAAACACAAUUGGUACUGAAAAUAAACCUUUGGUUAAUCAUGAUAAUGAGAUUUUAAAUGAUUUUAUAAAAGUGAAUAAAGAAUCUGGUUUCUUUUGCAAAAAUCACAAAUUUCCUGAAUCAAAAACAAUGACUGUGGAAACUAUGUUAGAAACCUCACAAAAUUGCAUUAACUCUCCAUUCAUUUCCGCAGAAGGAACUUAUGAAUUUGAAUCGUCAUUAGAACAUUUCAAUGAAGAUGCUAAUCCUUUAUUAAAUGCUGUUGAUUCUAACCAAGAGGCACUUUUGUUCAAAACAUCCCAAAAAUCUAAUAAUAAUUCUUUAAAUAAAAUUUCUAACACAUCUUCACGUGCUGAUUUUAAUAUUUGUAACUUUGACGUAGGCGACCUAAACAAAAAUGAAGGCAACAAUUGUUUGACCAAAAAUAAUAUAACUAAUGUUUCAAUUGAAGAGAAUCAUAAUGAAACUACUUUAAAAGAAAACUUAACUCAUGUAAUUAUAAAUAAACAUAGGUCAUUAGGUAAUAAAAGUGAACAUAUGGAAAUAGACACAGUAACAUCCAAUUUUGAAAAAGCAGAUUCUCUUAGAUAUGGUCCCAGAACUUGUCGCUUAAAAAAAGAACUAUUCUCGCCAUUUUUCAGAAAAUUAGUUUCGUUUAUUGAAGGUCCUAUAAAACCCCAAAUUGUGAAAAGUUGUAUCAAUGAACAAGAAAGUAAAGUUAUUGAGCUCAAGUCUACAGGUGUCAAAAAUCUUGAAACUAAGCAACUUACAGCGGAAAAUCACAGUGCUAGUAUUGAACACGCCGAACCAAUUAAUUCAAAUAUUGAUGAAGAAGAUGCUUCUGCGAAUAUUGAAAUAACAUCACGAAACUUUGUUUGCAAAAGUCUAGAAGUUUCUGUCAACGAGACUAUCACUGUACAGGACAAAAAUGCGUCAAAAAAUUGUACUAAGACAGAAAUUUCCAUUACCCCAGCCGAUAACGGUACUGAAGUAGAAGCUAUUUCGGCAGCUGAGGUUCACAUAUAUCCUGAAACAAGUGAAAAAAAUCAUAAAACAAAAGAUUCCUCAGAUGAGCACUCAACUGAAUGCAUAACUGUAAAUAAAAAUACAUCUUCUUCACGAUCUUUAUCUUCUUCAGAACAUCCGAAAUAUCUCAAAAUUUCUUCGUUACCGCUGCCAUCUCAUGAAAGUCAAAACUAUGAAUCACAUCUACCGUUCCCCACAUCGAAAAGUUUAGAAAAUUCCGUAACUUAUCUCCAUUCUUCUUUGACAUUGCCUUCGCCUAAAAGUCCUAAAAGUUUAACAAAUACUUUACCCCCGUCGUUGCCAUUGCCUAAUCCUGGUAAUCCCGAAAAUUUUCUUUCUUCUUCCAUGACAUUGCCCUCUCCUAAAAGUCUUGCAAAUGCCAAAUUAACGAUCCCAUCGGUGCAACUAUCAUCUUCAGAAAUUUCUCAAAAUCCUGAAAUUUCUUUUUCUUUAGCAUUAUCCUCUGCCGAAAAUCCAAUUGCGAAAAAUUCUUAUGAAAGUUGUGAAUCUACCGAAAUUUGUCAAUCUUCGCCAUUAUCAUCUCCUAAAAGUCCAAAUAGGAAAAUUUCUUCUGAAAGUCAUGAAAAUACCGGAUUUUAUGUCUCUUCUUCCUUGCAAUUGUCCUCUACUGAAAAUGCAAAUCCAAAAGUAUCUCUGGAAAAUUUUGAAAAUAACGAAAUUUCUCCUCCGUCUUCCUUGCCUUCCUUUUAUAAAAGUCCAAAUGCGAAAAUUUCCCCCGCCUUUACGUCAUUAAGUUCUAGUGAAAAUUUUGAAAAAACCGAAAAUUCUCUGCUUUCGUCUUUGCCAUUACCGGAAAAUAAAAUCUCCGUCUCUUCUUUACUUGCAUUGCCAUCUCAUAUAAGUCCAGAAAAUGAUGGAAUUUCGCCACAUUCUUGGUUGACCUCACAUAACAAUGGGAUUAUUUCUAAUGUUACUACUGUGAAAAAGUCUGAAAAUAAUAGUAGUAAUAUCGAUAAUGGCGACGGAACAAAUACUGAAAACCAAAAAGAUAUUGAAUCUAUUGAAGAGACAGUGAUCGAUGAUGUAAUUGUAACUAGUAAUGAUGUUAAUACUGUAUAUUCUUUGAAUAUAGAAACAUUUCAAAAUUCUAUCGAUGAAGAUGUGUUGCAAAAUCAGGAUAAAAAUCGUCCAUCUCUAAAAAGAUCAUUAUCAGAUUCUGCUUUAGAUUCGUUUAAUGAUAGCAGUGACGCUUUCUAUUCAGGUUGGAGACCCAAACGAGCAAAGAAUAACGUUUGCAAUUUGUUACAAUCUGAUAUAUUAUUCGAGCCAAAUAACAGACGAAAGUCAAUACCUUCUAUUCAUAAUGAACAAAAUGUUUCUUUUUGUAUACUUAUUGACAAUAAUUGUAUCAUUACUGAAGAAGAAAACGAAGAACAGGAUGAAAUUUGUUUUACCGAAAUAUCCGAAGGCUGUUUAUCAACAAUGCAGGAUUCUGCUAAUGAAUGUGCUGACGUUCUAAAUUCACAUACUCUGGAAUUGCCAGAAAAUUUUAACCAUGAAUAUUCUGAAACUGAGGAAGUUGAUGCUGAAGACACUUGGGUAAACGAUGUUGGAUGCAUAGAGACAGUGGUUAGUGAGGAUAUAGCAGAAGAUAUAACAAUUAGUGCAACAUCAUCCCCAGAAAGAAUUAACUCAUCGGAAAACGAAGAAUCAGAAAUUUUCUUGAAUUGCGAGCACGCGAAUAAAGUUAAACACAUAUAUGGAGAUAAAAUGUGCAAUGAUGACGUUAUGUUUCUCGAAACACUUUACAGAACACCACAAAUGAAUGUCAAUAAGAUCAUUAACAGAGAAUCUCAAGAAUCUGAAGAAUGCAUCCAAUAUUAUAAUAAAGAUUCGUUAGAAAAAGUCCUCUCAGAACCUAAUAGUAUUGAUAGUCUUGAAAAUAUACCACAACAAACUAAUUCACACAGCCCAUUGGAUAGUAAUUUGGGGAAAAAAUUACAACAGGUCGAUAAUUUUGAUUCAAAAAAUGUUAUGCUAGCUGAAAACCCCCGGUCUUUAUAUGAUACACGCGAUAAAAAUGAAAAUAAUACACUUCUUCACAUUAAUGAAAAUAAAUUUACGUUUGAAAAAACUCAAGAUGACACAGUUCAUUCUUGUGAAUCAAGUAUAGAUAAUGUCUUCUCAUAUAAUCAAAAAGAUGAAUUUACAACAUAUACUAGUUCUACAUCACCGGAAGUGUCUUCUACGACGUCAGAGGAAAGAAAUUCGGGUAUAUUGUUAAAAAUUACAAAUUAUAAAGGAUCUCGAACAUCUCAAAUAAAGGAGCUUGACCAAGAGACCAAAAGCAUUAGCUGUAAAUUUACUGAAUUGAACGAUUACUCCAGUAGUCAAAACUUCAAACCAAACAGGCCCUUGAUUACAAAAGCUGCUCAAAAAUAUAUACCCCCUUUAGAAGAAACAUUAGGUGAUCUCAAAAUUCGGCUGCCUUUACCUCAACAUAGUUUACUUAGACUAAAACAACUUAAGUUAUUGAAAGAAGAACCAAAGCCAAAUAAAUGUUAUACUAAGUCAAAGUCAGAUAUCCCAAAGAAGCCUAGACCAAAGUUCGAGGAUGUACUAAAGAGUAUAGAUGAAAUUCAGUUUAAAAUGCAUAAGGAAAAAAGUAAAAAAUCGAAGAAAUCUAUUCCAAAAGUUGUUAUUAAAAAAAAUGAAAAUGGCUCGCAUUAUGCGAGUACGCCCAAUAUAAAACCGUUCAAUCCCGAUUUGACGGGUAGAAAAUGGCAACCAUGGGUUUUCCUAGAGAAAAACCAUUUUAUAGAUAAAAUGGUAAUUAAAAAUAAAAAGAAAGCUAUUUUUAACCAUAGGAAAAAUACGUACGUACUAGCUGAAAAGUUUCGGAAGUAUAAAUCCAUAGGAAAUGCGAAAUUUGUUAUAUCUCAACCAAAUAUGCAUAGUUCCUCCAUUGGGCAUUUAAAAUGCACCAUAAGAUUAAAACAUACGUAUUAAAGGUAGAUUGUUUGGAUUACUUCAAGCUGGAUGCUUGGUCAGGUGAAAUGAAUCAUGCUAAGUACCAUAUCAGCCAUAUUGGCCUCAAAUUUAACUUAAAUGGAUCCCACCAUAUGAUGGUCUCGUUAUACAUUCCUUCGAUUCCAUUUUAUUUAAGUAGUUACCCGUGUUAGUUCACUAUGUAGUUUAAAUUAUAUAAUAAAGCCAAAUUGUUUACUAAGUGUGAUAUUGAUAAACAAAGACAAAACUAAGUUAGAAAAUUAAUACCAUGUUACUAUUGAGGGUUUGUUUACAUAUUUGUUAUAUAUAUACAUAUAUUACUGGAAAUAUGUUUGACAGUGAAAUUUGAUCUGAUUUAUAUUUCGUUAUAUUUUCAAAUUCUACAAUUUAAUUGUAUAAGUCUUUACUGUCAUUCCAUUUUUAGAAGUUAUUUCUUUUUGUUUUUACUAUCAUUAACGGCACCUUUUGCACUUGGAUAGCCAUAAAGAGUAUUAUUGAACUGUAAUGUUAAUGAUGUUGAUAUUUUAAUGUUAGAUGAUUUUGUUGGUUUAUCAAAGGUAUAUAAUUUUAAGAUUAUGUUUACUGUUUAUAGGAUGUGUAAGUUUCAAAUACUAUUUUGGUUUAGGGUUCUUUUAAAGAAUCAGUUUCGUGAAUUUAUUUAAUGUAAAUAAUUAUGAUUAUUUAAAUAAGUUUUAUGUUGGCAUGUGCUUUGUAUAUAUAAUUUUCGAUGUUAAAUGUAAAUAAUUGUUAUUUUUACCAUGCCUUUUUUAGAGGCAACCAAUGAUUGCUCACGUAAAUUCUAAGCACGGAAUUAUAAUAAAUAGGUAAAUAACAGUGAGAUAUGUUUGUACUAUUCUUUGCUCUGAAGUACAAAGCCUGCACAGUAAGGCUCCACUUAUUGUUCAAACUUCGUAUAUAGCUAAAGAAAUCCGGAAAAUAGAAAACUACUUCUUUUUAUUAUUCCGAUUUCUAUGUCUAUUACAGUAUAUUCGAUGAUAAUAAUUUGAAUGCUUGUUCACUUAUUUGUUGCAAAGAAAUGGUGAAGUUUAUAACGUAGCAACUAUGUGGGUAAUAAAAUUAUAGAACGAAAUAUCCAAAACAAUACUCAAAAAUGGAUUAUUUAACAUUUUCCUGAUAACACCAAUACCACAUUUGUAAGUGGCGUGGCAGACAACAUUACCUACUUUAUACCUGUGGAUGUUUUUUUUUAUAGCAGAUGCUUUUUAGAUGUUUCCUUCUUUUACCGCGUCUGACUAAAACUGCUAACUAUUGAACAACGGCACUUGUUGCUAGAAAAUACCGCACACCAAUAUGCGGUAUUUUCUAGCAACAGAGAGGGCUUUCCAUCGAGAGAUGAUUAUAUAUUAAAAUUUAAAACCAGGGAAGCAACCAGCCAGAAAACAAUGUAAGUUAAACGUAAAUGUUUCGUUGGUACGAAUAUUUGUUUUUAUUUACUCAAAAUAUUUGUACAAUCAAUAACAAAUCAACCUACCUAGAUUCAUUGCAAAGUCACCUUUAUUAACACGUCAAUAUUACUUGAUAUGCUAUUGACUGUACCUACUGGAAUUAUCAAUAAUAUUUGUCCGCCCGAGGUUCUGGGGAUGUUAUGUAUUUAUGUGGGAAUUUUGUGGUUCUGUUUUAACAACUGCGAUAACACAGGCAGACACGUCAAACUUAUCAUAUCCUUCUCCAAGAUGCCCGUAUGACUAAAUUUGUUAUACAAUGUAGUUUCUUUUAUAUCCAAAGUAUAAAAAAUUUAAUUUUUAUAAAUGUAUAAAACCAAGUUGUAUAACAAGUUAGCCAUGCAGGCGAAUUUGAAGUCGAGAAAGAUAUUACGUCAUGUUAACUUAUUUAGGGUUUAUUUGUUGCUAGUAUUGUGCCUUUGUAAUCUGGGUGAUAUUAAUCCACAUUCAAUGGAUACAGCCUGUUAUCAAAACUAUAUUUUUACGAUUCGGUCAUUUGUAAAGUAACAUUGAUCUCAUUAUCACAUCAAAGCAUUCGCCAUUUUUAAUAUUUUUGCCUGAUUGUGCCUAAACAAAGGUAAUUAUAAUUCACUAUUUUUAUAUCGUGUACAGGGUGUUAAAAAAUAUACCAAAUAAUGUGCUUUUAUGUCCUACACAUGAUUUGCAAUGUUGCCUUCAUAACUGUAACAGUAGGGGCUAGUACAUAAGUAAUUAAUGUUAUAUGCGUGUUAAGCUAUUUAUUAAGAUUUUAUUUAUAAAUUAUAUUGUAUAUUUUGAAAGGAGUUUGGUAAUAUUACAGUCUUUAACAAAUGUACAAAAAGGAUAUUGCUUAGAUAAGUUGUGUUUUGCAACUAGAGAAAUUAACCUUUAUAAUAGGAUGCCACAAGGUAAAUCUAUAAAAUAGACUAAGCUGAUGGAUAAAUAAGUGACUGACGUUUCAUAAUCAUUUAUUUAACUUUAUUUAAUUUUUAAUAUAUAUUUUGUUAUGCACUCUUGAGUGGACUGUUGAAUUUUAAGUUUCAAGCACUUCGUUGGCCAUUGUUUAAAAUUGAUUAGAUAAUUUAUUGUGGUUUAAAACAGCAUGUUUUGAGGGAUAUGGAAUUUAUUGUUAGUAAUCUGUAAUAUAAGGUAUUUGCUUUGCCAUUUCGAUUAAUGCAUAUCCUAUGCCAGUGUGCACGCGAUCGUGUUUCGUGAUAGUUGUAAUAUCAAACAAGAUGUAAUUUUUAACUUAACUGUGUCCUUUGGGAAGCGCUAAGUGCGAGUUAUAAUUUUUGAAUGUACAAGUUUUGGAGAUUGUUUUAAGAUUGACCAAAUAAAUGUGUUCUAAA